CAAAGUGUGGCACAAACAGUCAUGUUUACACUUCGCAGUUGUGCAGUCAUCGGAGUCGGAACGGUAUUAUACUCUACAUCAGUGCCUUCGAGUUCGAUUUCGUCAUAGACGCAAAUGCUUGGUUUGAGACCCGCUGCGUUGCUCAUCACCAUAGGACUGCUACAGUGGAGCAUCUUCGCGAAUGAUAAGGUAUCAUCGUUAUCAGAUUGUAUCCAAGAGAGCGGGUUCCCGGAUCAGCUGCUGUUUCCCGAUGGCGCUCAAUCCUCCGUGGAAUGGUUAUCCAUAUCAGGAGUGCCUCAUACGUCACUGGAUUCGGUUAUUUUUGAGUGUUUCCCGAACUUAAAGCAUUUUUCGAUAAGUGGUUGUGAACUUUCGGUAAUCGACGGAAAUGCAUUUACAGGUGUCCCUUUUUUAUGGGCUUUGAAUAUGAGCAAAAACGAUUUAACGACUUUGUUUGACUAUGGAAAGCCUGUGUUAGAAGAGCUCAAUUUACUGAAUCGUCUAGAUUUAAGCUCGAAUCAGUUUCGGAUGUUGAACAUAGGUUCAUUUGGAGGUCUGCAUAAUCUAACAGAGCUAAUAAUAGCAGACAACCAACUGGAGUUGGUGUACGGAAGGACAUUUGAGGAUUUAGUUAGCCUACAAGCGCUGGAUUUGUCGCAAAACAGAAUUGAUUAUCUGCCGAGCUCAGUGUUUUCAUUCAAUGCAAAACUUAAAUAUCUUUCAUUGAGAAAGAAUCGGAUUAAAUAUUUAAGUGCAAAAGCAUUUCACGGAAUACACGAACUGGAAGAGCUGGAUUUAUCUGAAAAUGGGAUCGAUAUUCUGCCAAGAUCGCUUUUCAAGCCGCUGAAAAAGUUGAAAGUGCUGCUUCUGAACGGAAACGGAUUGGACUUCUUCCAGGAAUCGUUGUUUAACACAUUGGAAAAUUUAGAAUUUCUAAAUAUUGCGGGAAACCAAAUGGUUGAGCUUUAUCAAUCGAUCCUUAGGCCAAUGACAAAUCUCAGGCUAUUCAACGCGCAAGGUAAUAAGCUGACAUCGAUUCCGGACAACUUGUUCGAGUACAAUACAUUGUUGCAAGAUGUUAGUUUUAGUGACAAUGUUUUGGAACUGUUCCCUGAACAAAUGAUGGCACCACUGUUGCAAAUGAAAACCUUAGACUUAUCCAACAACCGCCUGGGAAGCUCGGUAAAACUUGUAUUUUCCAACUUCACACACGUCAAUCUGUAUCUUAGUGGAAAUAAAAUCUCUAAUCUUAGAGUAACAGGUAAUGUGACGUACAUAACAUUGUCGUAUAACAAGGUGGAAGUGGUGUCAAAAGAUAAUUUCGAAUCAAACGGUAACCUUCUCAAUCUACAUUUGGACCAUAACAAUAUAGUGAAGGUUGAUCCGGAUUCAUUCUCACAGUUGUCAUAUUUAGAAGAGCUGAACUUAAGUUUUAACCUUAUUGGUGACAUCCAACAGGUCCAUCUUAGAAACUUGACGUCCCUUAGAUAUCUGGAUUUAACAAAUACCCUCUUGAGAAGCCUCCCGGAAAAAUUGUUUGCAUCUCAGAACCUUCUUCAUACUUUAAGGAUCGGAGACAAUAUGUUAGAGAACCUACCGGGCUCGAUUUUUCUUGGAUUGGAGAACCUUCAAUACCUUAGCCUUGAAAACAACAGACUUGGAAACUUAUCGAGUAAUUUGUUCCAAUCUAAUUCUAAACUGAAGAGCUUAUAUCUGCAUGACAACGAGCUGGAUCAUAUAACCGAUGGGUUGUUCGAUGGACUAGGCAGUUUGGAAAUGUUAGCCUUACACAACAAUCGUAUCUGGAAGAUCAACGAUCGAGCCCUCAGUGGAUUGAGUAAUGUGGAAAGGAUCGGAUUGCAUAAUAACCACAUUUAUUCGCUUAGUUCAAACGCAUUUCGAGGACUGUUGCUGUUGAAAGUUGUUCACUUGUACGACAAUCGCAUCAUGGAGCUAGCGGCCAACUUAUUUGAAGAUAACAUCCUUCUGGAAGAAGUUGUACUUAGAAAUAAUCUGAUAUCAACCGUUCCACAACGAACAUUCCGUUACUUGACAAAACUACAAAUCCUGGAUCUAUCUGGAAACAAAAUAAAGAAAUUUGAUACACAGACCAUCCAGCAGUGCGAAAUGCUUCGAGAGCUUUGGCUGGGCGGAAAUGAGAUAAGCGAAAUAUCUCUAAAAGGCUCAGGAAACUUGGAAAUGUUGGAUCUGAGUAAAAACAAAAUUUCUGAAUUUAAGAACGAGACAUUUCAAACUUUGAUAUCUUUGAAGCGAUUGUAUUUGGGAAACAACAGAAUAAGUACUAUUUCUGCAGCACAUUUCAGUCGACUUGUCAACUUACGAGUUCUCUCAAUGUUCAACAACAACUUGAAAUCGUUACAAAACGAUCUGUUUGUGACCAACAAAGUUCUCGAAGAACUGUUUUUGGACGGAAAUGAGAUAUCAAAUAUUUCAGUAGAUGCCUUCAAUGGGCUUGGUCGUUUAAAAAUUUUAUAUUUAUCCAAGAACAAGUUGUCAGAGAUUCCAAGUGGAGUUUUUAAUUCCUUGGUUGCCCUCGUAGAACUAAAGCUAGAUCGAAAUGCUUUAUCGGAACUCCCAACACUGCUAUUACGACAGCAAAAAGCCCUCGAAUUUCUUUGUUUGUCGGAAAACUUGCUCAGUUUUGUUCCAGAAGAUCUAAUCGAUGGCAACCCGAACCUAAAGAUCCUCGAGCUCAACGAAAACCAACUAACAAGCAUUCCGGAGCACUUUUUCUUCCACGUUCUACUACUAACCGAACUUUAUCUGGAAAACAACUUCAUUGAAGAACUACCGGAGCAUAUGUUUGUGAAAAAUGCGCAAUUGAAAAUUCUUAACAUUGCCGGAAACGCCAUCACUCAGUUUGACAUUCUCAAAACGGGAUUCGCGGAAAGCCUCCAAAUUCUGGACAUACAGGACAACCGUCUUCAUUUGAUUCAAAUUUCUCGCAACCUCAUCAAGCUGUUCGCCCAAGAAAACCAAAUUGAUAACGUAUUCAUCGAACAGUCCUCUUUCCAUCAGUUGGAAGUUCUAUUUCUGUCCGGCAACAACCUGCAAAGAGUGGACAAGUUGUUCAAACUAAUUCGCCUAAAGUCGUUGGAUCUUUCUAGGAAUCAAAUUGCCGAACUGGACAUAAGUCGACUGUACAAGCUUCCUUACCUGGUGGAGUUGAACGUUUCAAAAUCGGAAAUCGAGCAGCUAACCGGAGUGCUUCAUAAGCAGCAUAUCAACCUAGUUUCGCUGGAUCUGACAGGAAAUAACAUCGUACAUUUCGAUAACUUUAUUCCCAUCUUCUUCACAUCACUGCUGCGGUUGGGAGUAGCGGAGAAUCCUUUCGUGGAUCAGGAGUUUUUCGACAAUAUUGAACUGCUGAGGAGUAUAUAUGCGGUGUCGGAAAAUUUUGAGCUGUUUUAGAGUAAGCCUCACGCCUAGCGUGUGUAGAUUUUUAAAAAUAUGUUAAUAUUUGGCAGAAUAUAGAAAUGAAAAAUCGUAA